UGUGUUGUAUAUGCCCCACCUGACAUACUGUGGUUUGAAGAGGUAAUUUAAUCCUAAAAAUGCACGAUUCCCUCGGCUCCUCUGCUCCUUAGCAGCCGAAGGAGCAAGCACGCCUCCGUCUCCUUUUGUUCAUCAAAGGAAAGAGUGAAACGGUUUUGUUAGAGUGGAGGCUUUUCUAAGGGUUAAACCGAGACGCUUAAAGACCUCUGCGAUCCCAGCAGCUUUUACUUAAGUAGUUCCCAUACGGCAGACGUUCCCCAAAAUAAGAGGCCUGUCUGCCAGACUUGGGGGUUCAGCAGAAGUGGGAGGCGGCCUCCGGGUCUAGAGCAGAGGUGCCCGCAUCUGCAGGUGCAGCGACUGGGAUCUCGAACCCUGCCGCCUCCUGGACCCUUCUCCCAAAAGGGCGGGAACCACGGCGCUGCGGGGUGCGGGACUCGGCUCCGGAAACCGAGGUCAGGUGUAUUUCAUCAGACAUCUAUCCGGCCGAGUGCCCACACCUGGCGCGGGGGAGGGGAAACAGCAUCCAUAGGAACCACCGGGGAGGUGAAGAGCCCCUAGUUAAGGACGCUAGAGGGCUGGUCCGGCUUGGCUUCAGUCCGACUGCUUUUUUGUGAUUGCUUCCCCGGGCCGCCCAUCAUCUCAGUGUCCUAUCUCGAUUGGCUGUUCCGGCUGCCACUCGGUUCCGCCGCGCUGACCGCCAUUGGCCGCCUCCUGAUAAGGCCCCGCCCCCACGAGCUGGGCACGGGCAGUGGGGCGACAGAGAGAGAGAGGGAGAGAGAGAGAGAGAGAGAGAGAGAGCGCGCCCGGCGUUAGCUGUGGGCUGGGGGAGGAGGUGGUGGCGGCCGAGGGGAAGAAGGAGAGAGAGGGAGGGAGGGAGGGGAAGCAGGGCCAGCGGCAGCGACGGGGUCAGGGUGAUGGUGCAGGUUCCCGGGGCCCGCGCGGAGCUGCCGAGCUGAGGGGCGCCUGGUCUGGGGUCCGCAGCGCCGCCGCGUCGUUCCCGGGAACGGGCGGGCGGGCGGGAAGAUGCUGAGCAGGUUGAUGAGCGGCAGCAGCAGGAGCCUGGAGCGCGAGUACAGCUGCACCGUGCGGCUGCUGGACGACAGCGAGUACACCUGCACCAUCCAGAGAGAUGCCAAAGGCCAGUACCUGUUUGAUCUUCUUUGCCACCACCUGAACCUACUUGAGAAAGACUAUUUUGGAAUCCGCUUUGUGGACCCAGAUAAGCAGCGGCAUUGGUUGGAGUUUACCAAGUCUGUGGUUAAGCAGCUGAGAUCCCAACCUCCAUUCACCAUGUGCUUCCGAGUGAAGUUUUACCCAGCAGACCCUGCUGCCCUGAAGGAAGAAAUAACCAGGUAUUUAGUCUUCCUACAGAUCAAAAGGGAUCUCUACCAUGGCCGCCUUCUGUGUAAGACGUCGGAUGCUGCCUUGUUAGCUGCUUAUAUCCUUCAAGCGGAAAUCGGCGAUUAUGACCCAGGAAAGCACCCCGAAGGCUACAGCUCCAAGUUCCAGUUUUUCCCCAAACAUUCAGAGAAGCUGGAAAAGAAAAUUGCUGAGAUUCAUAAGAUGGAACUCAGUGGCCAAUCACCAGCAACAUCAGAGUUGAACUUCUUAAGAAAAGCUCAAACAUUGGAAACAUAUGGAGUGGACCCUCACCCGUGCAAGGACGUGUCGGGAAAUGCCGCGUUUCUGGCCUUCACGCCCUUUGGGUUUGUGGUUCUCCAAGGAAACAAGAGGGUCCACUUCAUCAAAUGGAAUGAGGUGACCAAGCUGAAAUUUGAAGGGAAAACUUUCUAUUUAUACGUAAGUCAGAAAGAGGAGAAGAAAAUCAUUCUCACCUAUUUUGCACCAACUCCAGAAGCCUGCAAGCACCUCUGGAAAUGUGGGAUUGAGAACCAAGCCUUCUACAAGCUGGAGAAGUCAAGCCAAGUCCGCACAGUGUCGAGCAGCAACCUGUUCUUCAAGGGGAGCCGGUUCCGGUACAGUGGGCGCGUUGCAAAGGAGGUUAUGGAGUCGAGUGCCAAGAUCAAGCGGGAACCACCAGAAAUACACAGAGCGGGGAUGGUUCCCAGCCGCAGCUGUCCCUCCAUCACGCACGGCCCAAGGCUGAGCAGCGUCCCCAGGACCCGCAGAAGGGCUGUCCACAUCUCCAUCAUGGAAGGCCUUGAGUCCCUACGGGACAGUGCCCACUCCACGCCAGUGCGUUCCUCUUCCCACGGGGACACCUUCCUGCCUCACGUGAGAAGCAGCCGGGCAGACAGCAACGAGCGGGUAGCCGUGAUCGCAGACGAGGCCUACAGCCCUGCGGACAGUGUGCUGCCCACCCCCGUGGCCGAACACAGCCUGGAGCUGCUGCUGCUCUCCCGGCAGAUCAACGGAGCCACCUGCAGCAUCGAGGAGGAGAAGGAGUCCGAGGCCAGCACACCAAGCGCCACAGAGGUGGAGUCCCUCAGAGAGCUGAGGGCCCUGUGCCAGGGGCACGGCGGGCCGGAAGAGGAACAGGUGAAUAAGUUUGUUUUAAGUGUCCUCCGUUUGCUCCUUGUGACCAUGGGACUCCUCUUUGUUUUGCUCCUCCUCCUGAUCAUCCUUACCGAGUCUGACCUUGACAUUGCCUUUUUCCGUGAUAUCCGCCAGACUCCCGAGUUUGAACAAUUCCACUAUCAAUACUUUUGUCCCCUCAGGCGAUGGUUUGCCUGCAAAAUCCGCUCUGUGGUGAGUCUGCUCAUUGACACCUGAGAAGGCAUGACUCCUCCCAAAAACUAGCCAGGUGGACCCAACAGCCCGGCUACCCAUUCCCAGCAAUGGGACCCAUCGCGGAACCAUCGGCACACACACCAAGUCCUCCUCUCAUGACUCAGAGUCCACUGCAGCCCAGGAGGGUUACUGCCCAGAAGAGCAAAGGGAUAGGCUCACACACUGUCAAACCGACCGGGGAAACUCAGUUUCUGCAGAGUGUCUUUCAAGAAAGGCUCAGCAGUUCUGGUUCUCAUCCUUCGAUUUGCCAGAAUAACUGAUUUUUAAUUUUUGUUUUUUCAUAGAUGUGUAUUAUUUUGAAAGUAUCAAAUAAAAUAAAUUAUUUUGCUAUUACUGGUGAUCACAGAAGUGUCACCUUGCAGGUGGGACUCAAGCUGGACACUAGAGAGCCUGGUCCUGGGACACCCGGCGCUGCAGCCUCAGCAGAGCCGGCCAGGGGGCCUGGACACUGGGAUGGCUGAACUAUGCCAACAGUCUGCAUCUGUCCGUGUAGAAUGAUUAAAUGAAAAAUUGCUUCUU